GCCUUGAUUUAUGAAGACGUAUAUUUAUGUGCCAUUAAACCAAUUACUAGAUAUUAAUGUACCUCUAUUAUAUCGGUACUGCGUGAUGUAGGUCAUGCCAUUUUCGGCAUUUUCAACACGUUCAAGGUCAGAUUGUACAACAAUAACAUGCAGACAUGUUUUCCUCGAGUGUAAAGUACUCUGAGCUAGUGCGGUCAAGGUCAUAGUUUAUUCACCUCAACAAGUGUUAGGAUAUAACGAAGGGCAAACAACUGGAGUUUUGUCAACGUUCUAUUUUUCCUGUAGUGAUUACGACAACAGUAUCAUAGCGAGACGACUAUCAAUGGUAGGUCCGGCGUCCGUCCUUACUCUUGUCAACGUCGCUGUUAUGGCGUUUCUGAUAAGAUCGUACAUGUUUAACAACAGCAACAACGUCGACGAAGAUGACCUGUUAGUUGAGAAGGUUAACAACUCCUACGACUACAUUGUAGUUGGUUCCGGUUCUGCUGGGUCUGUGAUUGCUGCUCGACUGUCAGAAGAUAGUGACGUCACAGUAAUCGUUUUGGAAGCUGGGCUGGAUGACAGAAACGAGGCUGUACUUAGCAUUCCAGCAGAAGGACCAAACAGUCAGAGAUCGAAAUUCGACUGGGAGUAUUACACCGAACCGCAGAAACAGGCGUGCUGGGCUUUGAAAGAAAAGAGGUCAUACUGGCCCAGAGGUCGAGUGUUGGGCGGAACCAGUCAGAUGAACUAUAUGGCGUAUGUCGGGGGAAACGGUUUGGACUAUGACAGCUGGGCGGCCCAGGGGUGUGACGGGUGGAGCUACAAAGAUGUUCUUCCGUACUUCAAGAAAUCAGAGGACAUGCAGGACGAGGAGCUCGCCAAAUCAGAAUACCACAACCGUGGAGGCCCACUUAAGGUGAGCCGAGCGCCCACGAGUUCUCUCCCUUCGAUAUUCCUGAAGGCGGCCAAAGAGGCCGGAUACAACGAGACAGAUCAUAACGGAGAAUGUCAGGAAGGUUUUGCUAUUGGACAGUCCACUAUGGAAAAUGGUGAACGGUCAAGCACGUCAAAAUCAUUCUUGUGGCCUGCAAGAAAAACAAGAACAAAUCUACAUAUUGCUGUACAAGCUCAUGUAACCAAGGUUAUCAUAGAAAAUAAGAAAGCUGUUGCUGUGGAGUUUGUCAAAAAUGGCCGAGUUCAAAGAGUGAAAGCCACAAGGGAGAUAAUUCUGUCAGCUGGAACUAUUGGAUCUGCACAGAUAAUGAUGUUGUCUGGAUUAGGACCCAAAGAGCAUCUUGAAAAGUUAAAGAUUCCCGUGGUUGCUGAUUUGCCAGUGGGAGACAAUCUUCAGGAUCACGUGAUGACAUUUCUUAGAGUUCUUAUAGAUCAACCGCUGUCAACGAGUCCCGAAAAGUUAAAUAAAUCGUGGACAAAAUGGCAGUAUGAUAUUUUCAAAACUGGUUACCGCACAACACCAUGCGGCAAUGAGGCUACUGCCUUUGCCAGGACUCGAGAUGACCUGCAAUAUGGAAAUCCUGAUGUGGAAUUCCACAUGCUCGUCAGUUUGCCGGAAAGAAAAGAUAUCGAGCGACUGAUUAGUUUAGACUCCAAGUGUGCCUCCCUAUCUACAGUGACCUUCUCCGGACACUCUCAAAACGGUCCCCCAAGAGCCAAUUUCUUCUAA